UCCUUUUUUUUUUUCUUCUUAUGCUCAGCCGCCAGAGUCUCCCCGAAAGCACCGUUUCGAGAGCGACAUCCCUUGGGGCCCCUAGCAAAAGGGUUGAAUACUGCGUUCAUCGCGAGAAGGCAAAGGUUCCCAUGUAAACGCCCAGAGGAAGUCCUCGAAAGACAAGGGUACACAGGGCACCCGCUGCUGAAGACGCCAUGGCCUUCAUCCAGACGACGUGGCUACUUCUGCUGACUUGGAUUGCGACUGCCACGCCACCGCUAGUAGCCGCCUCCGAGAGGAUGCUUCUGCAACGAAAAGGGAACCUGUGCGCUUACCGCGUGAUCCAGAACGUGACUUGCCGAGAGCGAAACGGCACCGAGGUGGUGCAGGUGAGAACCAGACCCGAAUGCCUGACUGGCGACUGCAGCGUUUACACUGUUCCUAUCAGACGACCUGUGUACGUGACACGAGUUCGGACGCAGCAGAAGGUGGUCUGGGGAUGCUGUCCCGAGUACUCCGGUCCGGCCUGCACACCAGCGACACAGCGUCCGGCCCAGCCUCCGAUGGUUGGAGGAGGAGGAGAACAGAAGCGAAGCCUUCACGUCCCUGGAACUGCAAGGACAUGGCCUCCACCGCGAGACCAACCGCCACCUUCAACGGUGCAUUGCAACUGCGGUAGGGGCGCUAGGACGACUUCCGGUGCUCAUGGGCGCACAUCCGGCACAUCCACGCCUGGCCCACCUGGUCCGCCUGGAACGGCAGGUCCAAGGGGACCUCCAGGACCAGCCGGUGCUCCCGGAAGAGACGGUUCUCCGGGUCCAGUGGGUGCUCCUGGACCUGUUGGACCUCCUGGACCUCCGGGGCCUCCCGGCCAAGCGUCGACAGUGGACCACGCUGAAGCAGACUCCAGGGACUUCGUCAGUCACCGCAGUGUCAUGGGUGUUCUGGAAACAGUGUCGAAGCUGGCGAACGACCUCUCUGACCUCGACGAACGUGUGGACAGGCUCGAGCGAGCCUUGAGAAGACUCACAGAUCUGGACGGAGGCACUCUGGGCACUGGCAACGUGGAUUUGGGACCAGCGUUUACGGACUCUUACGACGGCGACCACUCGUUUGAGAGUAAGGCCCCCAGUCCGUCAAGACCGCCCGUGGCCUACGAGGACGUGGAAUUCGAUACGGACGCUACCCCCGACUUGCGGCCUGCGACGCCUGCUGGUGAUGCGCCUUCUAGGCCCGGCGUUGCAACUGGCACGUCGGUAACUGGAACGACGAAUGAUCCGCUAGACAGAGGUCCGACGCUGACAGUUGGACACAAGCAUCUCUAGCAGAGGACACAAUCGACGAUGAUAAAAACAGAAACAAAACAAAGAAACAAACAAAUCAAACUAGCAGACCGACGUACCCAAUCUGGCGUCAGUGUUCAUAGACAGCGUCAAAUCAAAAUAAUCAAUCGCAUUUGCAACAUCAUGGCGUAACUGUAACAGACGCUUGCUGAAGAAAUAGUAUUUGAGUUAAAACGUGCGUACGAAGCUGUUGAGGCGCUAUCAUUUUUUUUUUUCGUUAGCGGCGGCUUCCGUUUGCGUUCACCUUGAACGCUAAGCUCGGAGUGUUUGAAAAACCUUACAUGCUAAUUUUUAUCUUGGCAAAUGAGCAAGCUUUUGACUCAUUUCAAUAUGCGUGGCGUUAAAACGGCUCACAAGUUGUGGCCAUGCCUAAUUGUCAGUCAAAUGGUGACUUCACCCAACUCGGUCGCAGUUUCUACGACGAAGUUAUACAUUAGGCACUGUGUUGGAGAGCUGAUUCGGUAGGUGGUGAACUUAGCGGCUUGUCCGUGCGUCAUACUUAAGCUUUCA